AUGGAGAAAGAAAUUGAGGAAUAUAACACUGAUACAGAGGAUGAGGAAUUUAGCUCUGAAGAAGCAGAUACAGAGGAUGGAGAAACUGAUGAUAAUUCAGAAACAGAAGGAAAAACUGACUUGGAUGAUUCUGAAACAGAAGCUGAAGACGAAUCUAAUGAGAUGCACCUGAAUAAUGAUGAUAGAGUAACUGAAGAAGAGUUCGCAAUGUUUCUGAGAAAUGUGUACUCUGAACUGGAAGGCAGUGAAGUGAGAUUAUCCCAGAACCAGACUGUAAGCCGCAUUUUAGAGAUGGUCCUCCCUCUUUCUGAACCCAAGCAGCUGACCGCUUUCCUCCGUGGAUUGACCUCUGACCUUUCAACCUCGGCCACGGAUCGUUUCACCAGCCAUGUUCUACAGUCAACGAUGAUCACAGCUUUGCCUUAUGUCGGUACAGAGGAAGUGGAAGAUCUGCUGGGAAUCUACUGUGCGAUUUGUAAAGAAAUGCUUGAGAACAUUAAAGAGAUUAUAAUGGAUACAUACGCUAGCCACGUUUUACGGACUCUCAUAGCUUGCCUUGCGGGUAUCCAGGUUCCAGAAAAUGUCUCCAGGAGCAAAUUAUCACGAGGCCAACAACACAAAGAUUUGGUGUUGGAAACCAGAAUCAUAAUGAACUCACCACCAAAAGACUUCCUAUCAUGUUUAGAAAGCAUAUCGGAGAACAUUGCAGAUGCAGAUAAUUUAAACGAGUACUUCACAAGCGUAACAGGUGGUCCCGUCUUGGAGGUAUUAUUGCUUUCGCUCCACCAUACCAACAAAGAUCUCUGUAAACGACUCACCAAGAUAUUUCUCAAGAAAGCCAAACUUUUAAGCAAAGGAGAUGCUGCAGAAACACAAGAAAGUUCCCUAGCACAGCUCAUGACCCACCCAAUAAGUAGCCAUCUACUGGAGAUCAUCCUGAAGGUCAUUGAUGAUGACCUCCUGCUAAAGGUCAUAGGUCGGAGCUUCAAAGGUCAACUCAUCAAAUUGGCCAUGCAUGGUGUUGCCAAUUUCGUCCUGCAGCGGUUGCUUGAGAGAACCUAAAACCUGCCUGUGUUUGAGGAGCUAUUUGACGAGAUCAUUGAUGAUAUUGAGAGUGUAUUGGCUGUCAAUCACCUUGGUGUCAUUCAGCGAUUGGCUGCUGGCUGUGUAAGCCACACCUCCAAACAAGUUCCUUUCCUUCAAUCCUUGAUGAAAGCAUUCCACUGUUACGAGCCGAGAGAGAGGCAAAACUCCUGCGUGCCUCUCUUAGCUGCCAUGGUAACCUACGAAGUCAUGUUCGGAGAGAAGGAUGAUGAAAAGCCAUCCCAGCCUCCUCCCAUCCAGCUCCAGGGCUCACUGCUGCUUCAGGAGAUGCUCAAGUUCUCCAAGAAUGGAACCAUUCUCAACAGCUUCAUGGCCAUGCCCCCUGAUACCCUAGUUUCCAUGGCAACCCAUCCAUCAGGUAGUUAUCUCUUGGAAGCGUUCAUGAAGAGCACCGCGAUCGGUGAGAAGAAGAAAGAUCUAUUUGUGGAGAAAUUGAAGGGAAGCUGUUUCCAGAUCGCCUGUAACAAGAACGGUUCGCGAACCAUCGAGGGCAUCUUCAAGGCAUCGUCCAUCAAGAGCAAGUUUGUCAUCGCGGAGACCCUUGCCGAACGCGAGACCCACCUUCUAUCUCACACGUUCGGCCGCUUCGUCCAUCGGAACCUCUCCCUUGGUCAUCUACGCAAUAGGAGACAAGAAUGGAAGAAUAUUCAGAUGAAGGAGGCUCAGAAGAGAAAACUGUUUGCAGAUAUCGUCGGCAAGGAACCAUCAAAGAAAGAGAAAGCACCAGAUGAGAACCAAGAAGAAGACAGACUUUCCAAGGAGAUAGCUAUCUUGACUGGGUCUGGGAAUGCAAGACUAGGAGAUGAAGUCGGGGAUGAAGAAGCAGCUGACAACGAUGAAAUCGCCGCCAUCUUUAGUCACCUGCCUGUCAAAAGAGAUGCAUCGUUCAGCGAAGACCAAUCACAGACAACACCGAUCAAGAAGAAGAAAAAGAAGAAAAAGAUUAAGGACACUGAUUGAUGGGAAUGGAAUC